AUCGCAAUCGGAAUAGCGAUAGAAAUCAAAGGCUUCCAUUUUCCUGCUGAUUACGAUGAGCGUCACCGGGGAAUCCUCAAAGACGGAGGCAGAAAGGAACAAGUUUCCAGCGGCGGCGACGGAUAAGAAGUGGAGAGGUAAGAACCUGUACAUGAAGUAUAAGUAUGGCAGUUGGAUUUGGGGGUUUAAGGCUUUCGAGGGUAAGCCAGCGGUUGUAGGUGAACGCGGUGGACUUGAGGUUUUAGCACCGAAGGUUGUUUGUGAGAGGGAUUUCCUCGACGCCGAUCCCGGUUUCCCAAUCGGGAACGGCUUCUUCAAGUUCAAUGGCAAAGCAUACUUGGUCGGCGGAGAAACUGCAGAGGGCAAACCUUGGGGGCCAGAGGUUUGUGCAUUACCUUAUGAGUUCCUCAAGUCGAGCAAGAAAUCAAGUGACAAUUUCUAUGAAUUCAAUCCCGAUACCAAUACCCUCCACCAUCUCGAUAAGCUUCCUUUGCCUCUCCCUAUGCCGUCUCCAAUUGUUGCAGAGAUCAAGGGCAAAGUGUACGGAGAUCACUGCUGCCGAAUAAUACACGGAUCCCCGAAAGACUCUGGAAACUGCUUCCAGGUUUUGGCACUGGAUGAUAAUGGCAACCCCCAUUGGAAUUCACUUCCUGCGCCUCCCUUUGACGAGUACGCCACCCGCUCUCGCUUCUUCAAGAGUAAGGUGGCCGUACGUUGACACUCUAAAGUGGGAACUGGGCACGCAUCGGUUUCCUUCAGGUGCCAAAACAUUGUCGUCAAGGUUAAUGAAGGAAGGGAAAGACUUUUUUGUGGUCGUUUAUGCAAUGCUUGAUCGGGACUAUCCAUUUAAGGAUGGUCUCUGUGCUGCAUUGGUCGACUUCAAGACGGGUGAUUUGUUGCACGAACUGCAUAUCCCUCAAGCGUCGCCCUAUAAGUCUUCUUACCUUUUGCUUACCAGGUGGUUGACCUAGAGCAGGAUGGUAGUGCUGGCGACUCAUGCACCCAAUUUUGUUUCAGUGUAUACCACACAAGAUAAUCUUGUCGGGCUUUGGUAUGUUAAGUCAUACGAUUGCAAUAACUUAAUUAUGUACAAGAAUACAAAAUUAAUGUUGCACUUUGACCAAAAAAAUAAACUUUUAUAAGUACUUAUACAAAAAAAAAAUCUUUUAUAAGUACAUAUAUGAAUACGAGGUAGAAACAAAUUGACUACAAAUUGUGAAAAAUGUUUGAAAUUUAGUGUAAUAAAUGAAGGGUCGUUUGGAAGUUGCGAUUGUUUUGUUGAGAUUGUCAUUAUGCAUGUAUUGUUUACAAUGCAUCGUUUUUUUUUUAGCAGAAACAAUCCAUUGUUUCUGUGAUGUGACAGAAACUAUCACUCAUUUUGAGUGAUUGUUAUAUCUCAACUUUUAGUUGUGAUUGUUGAGAUAGUUGAGUUGAGAUUGUUUUGUCUCAGAUUUUAGCUGAUGCGACAGAAACAAUCACACAUACCAAACGUUGUAUUCUUCAAUGCAUCAAAUUCGACAAUACAUGUAUAAUAUUAUACAUGCAUUCUCAACAAUACAUCUAUUUAACAAUCGCAACUUCCAAACGACCCCGAAGUGUAAGUUGUAACGAGUAAAGAGUAAAGAACACAAUGCGCUGACCCAAACAACCCGUAACCCGAUCCGCCCGUAACCCGAUUGAUCCGCAACCGAUGAACCCGUAACCCGAUUGAUCAGCAACCGAUGAACCCUCAACCCGAUGGACCUGUAACCCGGUGGACCCGUAACUCGAUGGACCCGUAAACCUAUUGAACCCGACCCAAUUGAACCCGAACCCAAUGAACCUGAAGCCCGGUGAACCCGAAGCCCUAUUGAACCCGACCCGAACCCGCCCGAUUGACACCUGUAGGUGUGAGUCAUUUUCUCCUUCACCUCUCACGUAGUGGGUGGCUCCAAACCCACCCAAAUCUGCAUAAAACCACUCAUGUUCACCCUAGUUGUAAAGGCAUAAUCCUUUUUCACGAAGGAUAUAUUUAUCUACCCAAAGUGAAAGACUUUUCUCGGUCCCAGUGGUGGAGCCAGAAAUCUCAACAAGGGGGCUAAAAAUUUUACGCCCAAAGAAUUUGAACUAGCGAGGGAAGGCUAAAGCCUUAUCAACUACUACAUUUUCUCAAUUUAUUGCAGAAUUUACAUUUAAUUUUACGUAAUUUUGAGAGUUGAGUGAGUCUAUAAUUUUCCCUGCCAAUAACGUGGCUCUACCUAGUCCUAAACCAGAAUGUCGCGGUAGACGUUCUCACAAUGCAUAAGCCAUCCGACUAAUCCCAAAGACAAAUUAGUUCUCAUAUGAACAUUAAGCCGAGAGGUGUGAUAGAUUAAUAACGACUCAAUAUAAACAUGAUAACUAAACUGAUUAAACUUCAAUAUUAUUGAGUUGAGUCAAACUAUCACAUAUAAGCUAAGCGAUUGAUGUAAUCAGCCAUUAACAACAAAAGUUAGGAUUCAAAGCUUAUUAAACACAAUCUCAACAUUUUUUUUAUAAGAAUCUCAAACAUUUCUUUUGAAAACAAGUAAACAACACAAUCUCAACAUUCCUUGUGAGAAUAGGAAUUUUUGCAACUUUCUCCGCAGGAGGGAGAAUAAACAAUUGAAAAAAGU